AGAUCUUCCCAAUCUCACAAAUUCAUGGAAGAGACUCGUCAAACCGCACACAACAAGAUCCAUCGACAUUUUCUCCUCUUUCUUCGUUGAUUUCAUCCCCUAUCUUCCUUCCUGCUCAUUAAGGCUGCAGCAUGCCGAUAUCUAAAGCAUGCAGCGAUUCUCUAACUUGAUUCCAGGAUGGGCCUGGGCUUUCCAAGCGCUCUCACGUUUUUGAAUAAUAAGAAAAAAAGUUGUUCCAGCCGAUACUAUGAGAAAGAAUUUCAGUUUCACUUCCACUCAAAUCCAAAAAAGGGGUUCGAGUUCUAAAUUGAUGGGAGAUGAGGGCCAAAGGUACAGUGUGGAUGAUGCACUUGCAGCAGUUGGGUUCGGGAAAUUCCAAAUUCUAGUGCUUGCGUAUGCAGGGAUGGGCUGGAUUUCAGAAGCCAUGGAGAUGAUGCUUCUUUCAUUUGUUGGACCCGCACUCCAGUCAGCAUGGAAUCUUUCUUCUCAUCAAGAGAGCAUGAUAACUAGCGUUGUCUUUGCUGGCAUGUUGGUUGGCGCUUAUUCAUGGGGCGUUGUUUCAGAUAAGCAUGGAAGGAGGAAUGGAUUCCUUAUUACGGCAACGGUUACUUGUGUGGCUGGUUUGCUGAGUUCUUUAGCUCCUAAUUAUAUUUGUUUGAUUAUUCUACGCUGCCUCGUUGGUAUCGGUCUGGGAGGCGGGCCUGUACUCUCUUCUUGGUUUUUAGAGUUCAUCCCCGCUCCAAGCAGAGGCACUUGGAUGGUCGUGUUUUCUGCCUUUUGGACUGUCGGAACUAUUUUUGAAGCCUCCGUUGCAUGGUUUGUGAUGCCAACGUUGGGAUGGAGAUGGUUACUUGCGUUCUCAUCUCUUCCUUCAUCGCUGCUACUUAUUUUCUACCGGGUAGUCCCAGAAUCUCCUAGAUAUCUAUGCUUAAAAGGGAGGAUAACCGAAGCGCGUAUAAUCUUGGAGAAAGUUGCAAAAGUUAACGGGCAGCCACUUCCCGAGGGAGUUCUUGUUUCCGAUCACGAAAUCCAGUUGAACGAAAAGCCAACUGAAGCAGAAGAGGCACACUUACUCUCCUCCCCCAACGGUGAAACCGUUGAGCAUGGUACAAAACAAAAUGGCUCAACAAUGGCUAUGCUCUUUUCGCCUGAACUGAUCAAGCCCACACUGCUUUUAUGGGUCGUCUUCUUUGGGAACGCUUUCUCGUAUUAUGGUCUUGUUCUUCUAACCACCGAGUUGCAUAAUGGUCGAAACAGCUGUGUACCCGCUCAUUUGCAACCUAAACAUCAGGAGCUUAGCUAUAAAGACAUUUUCAUCACUAGUUUUGCAGAGUUCCCGGGGCUGCUUAUAUCGGCGUUUACAAUCGACAAGCUUGGUCGUAAGCUCUCGAUGUCAAUAAUGUUCUUCCUCUGCUGUCUUUUCUUGCUCCCAUUGGUAUCCCAUCAACCUCAAACCGUCACAACCGCUCUUCUAUUUUUGGCUCGGAUAUGCAUCACCACAACGUUCACAGUGGUCUACAUAUACGCCCCAGAGAUAUACCCGACAUCAGUGAGAACGACGGGUGUUGGUGUUGGCAGCUCGGUGGGACGAAUUGGCGGAAUGAUAUGUCCUCUGGUGGCGGUCGGUUUGAUACAUGGAUGUCAUCAAACUGCAGCCAUCUUAUUAUUUGAGUUUGUUAUUUUUUCUUCAGGUGUAUGUGUACUGCUUUUUCCGUUUGAAACAAGCGGUCGUGAUCUCACUGAUCAUGCUACUACUGUUCCUGAAAAGGCGAGUACGAUAACUACAGCGUGAAAGACGGGUUAUUUCCACCAUCGGGUGAUCGGUUGAGGUGUAGUAGAAUGAGUGUUUUGGCACAUCUUCAUGGAAGAUGUUAAAUUAGUUUACAUAUAUUAUAUAUGGUAGCUAGGAAAAGGAACUCUAUGGAACACAUACAAUGGUCAUAGUUGUAAUUAAGAGGGGAUAUGUUUGUAGUUUACAUUGAUAUAUUAUUUCAUGUAUGAAUAAGAAAUUCUUUUUAGCAUUC